AUGUCGGGAGAUAUCGACUACUUCAAUCCCCCACCUCCAGACGCAAAACCUCCAGAAGUACCACCACCGGCGCCGCCACCCCAAAAGGAUGGCCAAGGACAACCACCGCCACCACGCAAAGGAGCAUCGUCUGAUGGAAGUGAGGAAGAUUAA